GGGACGCGACGGGAGCCGGCGCCGGGGCCGGUGCGGGGGGCGCUGAGGCGGCGUCCGGCGUCCCGCAGAACCGGCGGUGAUGGCGUACGACGAGCGGCUGGCCCGCUUCCGCCAGGCGCACCUCAACCCCUUCGACAAGGGCCCCGAGCGGCAGGACCGCCCCGACGGCGAGACCCCCGCCCCAGCCCAGCAGCCGGACCCGUCCUCCGGGGACCCCGAGGGUGCCCUGGACCUGGGCAUGGCCGAGGACCACUUCUCCCGCCCGGUGGGCCUGAUCCUGGCGUCGGACGUGCAGCAGCUGCGCCAGGCCAUCGAGGAGUGCAAGCGGGUGAUCCUGGCGCUGCCCGAGCACUCGGAGCGGCAGAAGGACGCCGUGGUGCGGCUCAUCCACCUCCGCCUCAAGUUGCAGGAGCUGAAGGACCCCGGUGAGGAUGAGCCCAACAUCCGGGUGGUCCUGGAGCAUCGCUUCUACAAGGAGAAGAGCAAGAGCGUGAAGCAGAUGUGUGACAAGUGCAGCACCAUCAUCUGGGGCCUCAUCCAGACCUGGUACACCUGCACAGGCUGCUACUACCGGUGCCACAGCAAGUGUCUGCCGCUGGUGAGCAAGCCCUGCGUGCGGGCCAAGGUCAGUCACCAGGCUGAGUACCAGCUCAGCAUCUGCCCCGAGAGCGGGCUGGACAGCCAGGACUACCGCUGCGCCGAGUGCCGGGCCCCCGUCUCCCUGCGGGGGGUGCCCAGUGAGGCCCGGCAGUGCGACUACACCGGCCUCUACUACUGCAGCAGCUGCCACUGGAACGACCUGGCCGUGGUGCCCGCCCGCGCCAUCCACAACUGGGACUUCGAGCCCCGCAAGGUGUCCCGCUGCAGCAUGCGGUACCUGGCGCUGAUGGUGUCACGGCCUGUGCUGAAGCUGCGGGAGAUCAACCCUCUGCUCUUCAACUACGUGGAGGAGCUGGUGGAGAUUCGGAAGCUGCGCCAGGACAUCCUGCUCAUGAAGCCCUACUUCAUCACCUGCAAGGAGGCGAUGGAGGCGCGGCUGCUGCUGCAGCUGCAGGACCGGCAGCACUUUGUGGAGAACGACGAGAUGUACUCGCUGCAGGACCUGAUAGACAUCGAGGCUGGGCGCCUGAGCUGCUCCCUGACCGAGAUCCACACGCUCUUCGCCAAGCACAUCAAGCUGGACUGCGAGCGCUGCCAGGCGAAAGGCUUCGUGUGCGAGCUCUGCAAGGAGGGCGACGUGCUCUUCCCCUUCGACAGCCACACCUCCGUCUGCACCGACUGCUCCGCCGUGUUCCACAGGGACUGCUACUACGACAACUCCACCACCUGCCCCAGGUGCGCCCGGCUCAGCCUGCGCAAGCAGUCCCUCUUCCAGGACUCCAGCACCGAGGCAGAAGCCUAAUGGGGGCGGGUCUGGCCCCAUGGCCACCCCCCAACCCACCACAGGGCCACGGAACGAACACGGGCACCCACCCCCCGGCUCUGUGGGGCA